AUGCAAGAAUGCACUGCAGCAGCCUGUUGCGAUAUUGGUGUACGAACUCUCAGAUGGUUUGUGCAGGAGGCCAAGUUGCAUCAGCAAACAACUGAAAAUGUGGAAUUCCGGUCUCCAGGGAAGAAAUUUACUGUGCCAAAGCGGGUAACAGAAGUCGACGACUUCGACCAAGAUGUUUUACGAGUGCGGGCGACCAACACAGCGGCGGACGGCGGCAACGAGAAGCGUUACCACUGCGUCGCCACCACCAGUGGGGAAGGACAGCUGGCAGGUGCGAGCCGGAGACAACACGAGACGCGGCCGCUCUGGAGUGCCGCGGGAGGGCGCGGGGCGGGGUUCGAUAAAACACGCCCCGCGCGCUGCGCCCGCCCGCCCGCGCAUGCGCGCCGCCGCCAAUCAAUGCGCCACGUCACAGCUGACGUCACGGCGGCGGCGGCGUGCGGCGCGGUCUUCACCAACUCGUUCUUGGUGCGACUGCGGGGCACACCGGGCACCGCCGUCGCUGACCAGGUGGCGGCGCGCACCGGCUUCCUCAACCUGGGGCCGGUGCUGGGUUCGGACCGGGAGUUCCACUUCGUGCACCGCGCACUGCCGCACGCUCGCAGCAAGCGUAGCGUCCCGCACGUGCGCCGCCUCAAGGUGGACCCCCUGGUGGAGGCGGCGGUGCAGCAGACGGGCUUCCGGCGCGUGAAGCGCGGCUACAAGCCGCUGCGCGUGGAGAACCUGGUGAAGAACAUGCGGCCGCAGCGCGACCCGGCCGACCCCUACUUCCCCUUCCAGUGGUACCUCAAGAACACCGGCCAGAACGGCGGCAAGGCCAAGCUCGACCUCAACGUCGAGGCCGCCUGGGCUCAGGGCGUCACCGGCAAGAACGUCACCACCGCCAUCAUGGACGACGGUGUGGACUAUAUGCAUCCAGAUCUCAAACAUAAUUAUAACGCUCGCGCCAGCUACGACUUCAGCAGCAACGACCCCUACCCGUACCCGCGGUACACCGACGAUUGGUUUAACAGUCACGGGACCCGUUGUGCUGGCGAGGUGGCAGCUGCCAGGGACAAUGGGGUCUGCGGUGUGGGCGUGGCCUAUGACUCCAAGAUAGCUGGUAUCCGCAUGCUGGACCAGCCCUACAUGACGGACCUGAUUGAGGCCAAUUCGAUGGGCCACGAGCCGAACCUGAUCGACAUCUACAGCGCCUCCUGGGGGCCCACGGACGACGGCAAGACGGUGGACGGGCCGCGCAACGCCACCAUGCGAGCCAUCGUCCGGGGCGUCAACGAGGGCCGGAACGGCCUGGGCAACAUCUACGUGUGGGCGAGCGGCGACGGCGGCGAGGACGACGACUGCAACUGCGACGGGUACGCGGCCAGCAUGUGGACCGUGUCCAUCAACAGCGCCAUCAACGACGGCCAGAACGCGCACUACGACGAGAGCUGCUCCUCCACGCUGGCCUCCACCUUCAGCAACGGCGCCAAGGACCCCAACACCGGAGUCGCGACGACGGACUUGUACGGCAAGUGCACGACGACGCACUCUGGCACGUCAGCGGCCGCUCCGGAAGCGGCAGGCGUCUUCGCGCUGGCGCUGGAGGCCAACCCGCAGCUGACGUGGCGGGACAUCCAGCACCUGACGGUGCUCACGUCGAAGCGCAACUCACUGUUCGACGCGAAGCGGCGCUUCCACUGGACGAUGAACGGCGUGGGCCUCGAGUUCAACCACCUCUUCGGAUUCGGCGUGCUGGACGCUGGCGCCAUGGUGGCGCUCGCCAAGCAGUGGCGCACCGUGCCCGCCAGGUUCCACUGCGAGGGCGGAUCCGUCAACGAAGCGCACGAGAUCCCGUCCCGCGGCCCACUGGUGCUGAAGAUCUCGACGGACGCGUGCCGCGGCACCGACACGCAGGUGGACUACCUGGAGCACGUGCAGGCCGUCAUCACGCUCAACGCGUCGCGACGCGGGGACCUCGAGCUCUUCCUCACCUCGCCCAUGGGCACCAGAUCGAUGAUCUUGAGCAGGCGUGUUAAUGAUGAUGAUCAUCGUGAUGGGUUCACCAAAUGGCCAUUCAUGACAACUCACACAUGGGGAGAGUAUCCGCAGGGCACAUGGACAUUAGAGGUUGGCUUCAAUUCACCAAUACCACAAACAGGUUUCCUAAAGGAAUGGACUCUGAUGCUGCAUGGCACACGUGAUCCACCAUACAGUGAGCUACCUGUCACAGAUCCACACUCCAAGCUAGCCAUUGUGAAGAAGGCCCAUGAAGAGCGCAGCAAGUUGUAGGACUGCCCAAAAGCUGUGACCUUAUAACAUAAUAGCUGUAGACAUGGUAUGCCACUUUGAUGCGAUGGCUAAUUACACUAAACCCACUAAUAUAUAGUUCUCUGGCAUCAAACACAACAACAUUCUGAGAUGUUUGAAAUAACUUCCCUUCCUCUGUAAAAUUAUUUGGUUUGGCAAGUAAGUCACAAGACGUGUUAAUUUUUAUGUUUCAUAACAUACAAUCAAGCCCCAAAGUUCCUACCAUGUCUCACACCCUAAUAGAGCAGAUUCCUGGAAAUACUUAUAAAAAUUCUUCAUCCAUAAUUUUCUUCUGAGCUCUGCUGUGUUGGUACCAAUAUUAUUUGGGUAAUGUUGGUGUUCAACAAUAUGCAAAACUUUUACUUACUAUAUUGUGCAGGUUUCCAUAUUCUAACUGAAUGCAACACAGCAGCUGCAAUUCUGUUUCCAAAAGCAAAGAAGAAAAAGCUUCUUUCGUACACCUACCUUCAUGUAGACAAAAUGAAUUUGAGGUAGAGAGUGCAAACCAGUAUGGAAAUUAAUAGACUUUCAUAUCUUACCUACAAAUUACAGAUCUGCAUCAAACUUAUUCACCAAUAGUGUAGAAUGUAUAACAGAGUAAUAUGGUGAGAAAAGAUCAUUUAUCACAUUACAUCAGUAGUUGCCUGAAUAAAAUUAUGGGGAAAAUGGUAAAUACGAGAGUCAAAUAUUCAAUUUAAAAAGAUUGGAUCUGAGAAUGAAGACAAUGAUUGUAUCAUUACAUAAAAAUGAAAGGUUACUUUUCCCCUUGAUAAAUAGUCAAGAAUUUUGAACACAGCAGGCCUUUAGGCUUCUGAACUAUUUAUGAAAAUGUUUUGAAGUCACUAUGAAAGCAAAUGUAUUAAAUCAAAGACAGGGAGAAAAAAAAUUGGAAAUUUGGGGAUCACUCUUAAAUGAAAAAUUUCAUUUCAUGUUUAUUAAUUAAGUUAGUAAGAGAAAUAUUCCUCGUACAAGGGAAAAAAUUUUGAGCUGUCGACAAAAUAUGCUGUAAUACAAAUUUUCUAAUGGUUUUCUCAAUCAGCAGUACUAAUAGAGUUAUUUCAGAAUACAAAAUAAACUAUUACUUCAGUUAGUUCAUUUAUUAUGCAAAGCUCAUUUUCUCUUCAAGUCUUUAUAUGAUGACUAAGUAUGUUUCCAAAAAGUUACAGUUUUAAAUUAUUAUCAGACUGAAUAUUUUACACGUUACUGUUUUCCACAUGCAGUGAAUAAAUUAUGUCACUAGCACCAUAUGCAUACACAAAGUCUGAAGAAAUAAUAUGCAACAAAUAUAAUCACUCACAUGGUAAGUGGUUGAUUAAUAGGGUACACACUGUUACAUAAUCCCAGCUGGUAUGCCUACCAUUUGUUUGACAGCUUUUCCCUACUAUGUCUGAGAAAUGUCAGUCUGCCAGUGCACAAAAGGUUUUGUCCAUCAAAAUGUGUUACAGAUUAUGCAUCUAUAGACAGAUAUUUUUCUGUAUUUUAAAAUAUUUCAGUCUAUUUUCUUCAAACCUGUAAUUUCAAUGAAAAACUUAAGCUUAGAUAUGCAGCUAUGGCUAAAAUUAAUAUUCUUCACAUUACCAUAAAUGCCUCUGAGUAGGAUUUCAUACUUAUUUGCACUCUUUACCUCUGAUACUCCUCUUUUAUUUAAAAAAGACACUGUAGAAAUAAAUAGCAGUAAUUAGUACCUUAUUUUGAGAGCAAUCAAGCUGUUGGACAAGAUUGGUGAGCAUUAAAAUGAGUAUCAUUUUUACAUACUUUUUACUUUCCAAAAUCAUUGCAGAGUACUGAACUCUGUAUGAAAGUAUUAAAUGUUUAUUUUGUGAUACAUACAGAUUAUGCAUUACUGUACCUGCUGUUAUUUAUUUAUUUUUCCUCAGAGACUGUUUCCUGUAAAAUGAAUUAUUGUAUCUGGUAGAUUGUUGUUAAUAUCAAAGUGGAGGUUAAAUUCUAUUUUUAUAAUUUUAUUCUUUUGUUAGUGAAUUGUUAUCUGGAGCACAAAUGUUUCAUUCUGCAAAUAAAAACAAACAGUAUCUCUACAAAUGAGAAUCAAACUUACUGUUUAAGACAAAUAUCACUACAACAGUUUUCUUCUUUCUUUACCUGUUCUAAGAAUAAAUUUAUGAACAGUUCAGUCAUUCCCUGUACAAUAACAUAGCAUGAAAGAGCACUGUAUACAGCAUAUGUGGGCGAUGAAAUCCUAAAUAGUAGUUCUUAAUAUGCUUCAUGCAGUAACACUCUCUGUGAAAACAAAUCUCUCUGAGUUUCAUAAUCAGAUGUCAUUGUGGCUGAACUGUCAAAAGUACAAAUAAAUGUCAAGCUCUAGGAAGCCUGAUGUUAUCUACUUUUAUGCUAAAUUAUUGCUUCUUUUCCAUUCAUAACUAUAAGUAUAAAUUUCUUCUGUCAAUGUGUGAUGACUCACCUUCUGGAAUUAUAUAACGACUUUGACACUUCCCUCUGUAAAGAAUUUUCCUGUAACUGUUCAACAGAAUGUGUUUGAUUAGCUGAUCUAUGUUAUCAAUCUGACGUAAAUAUUAUCAGAGUGAAAAUUUCUUUUUAUUUCUGUACAAAUAAAAAUAAAUUAUGUUCCUUCCAAACAAUCCAGAUAUUAUUUCCCCUUUUUAAAGUCUCAUACCAAAUAUCAUUUUAUAAUGAAGUUCAUAGUACAUAUAUUUCCACAUGUAAAAAGAAACAAUUUUUACAAUAAAUGAAAAUUGGCAACUACUUUUUUCACUCAAAAUCAAGAACAAUUUGUCAGUGCAGUGCAUCAUGGAAACCUUUCCUUUUCUUUAUAACAGAUUAACUUUGACACUGUUGAUGUUUUUCCUCUCUUUCUAACAGCAGAAUCUCUGAGUUCUUGGUUUCAUGUUGAUCAAAUAACCAAAUGGCCUUCGUAUUACAAUCAGUUAACCAACUUAAACAUCCCUAACUAGUAAUAUGAGGGGCCAUUCUAGUCAGAUAAAUAAUGUUUCUUCCUCUAAACAACUACCUAACUGGGCCAGCUAUUCAAUUGCUUAGCUGAAUUAUCUUCUAUGCCUGCAUGAGAUUAUGAAUGGUAAAAAGUCUUGCUACAAAAAAUGAUUAUUGCUAAGCCAGCUGCCAGCAAAUGGCAUCCUUCUGUCCCUUCCCCUUUCAUAUUCCCCUCCCUCUUCCUCUCUCUCUCUCUCUCUCUCUCUCUCUCUCUCUCUCUCUCUCUAUCUAUCUGUCUAUCUAUCUGUCUGUCUGUCUGUCUGUCUACCUACCUAUCUCUCUGUGUAUUCAUACCUGUCUCAUUCUCUCUCCUGAUGUUAUCAUAUAACUGUGAGAGUACCGAUGGGAAACAUAGUGGAAAGUUGAAAAUUUUGUGGAGAAACUGGAGUAGAACACCGUUUUCCGUUUUCCAUUCUUCUCUUGUCCCACAUUGUGCAUAAUUUUCCAUGAUCUUAUCUUAUUCAUGUUUCUUGCCUUCCAUGUGCUCAGAUUAGCCCACUGCUUGCACAAAAUGAACUGAAUCACCAGAAGUAAUAUGAAUGGAAGUUCAGCAGCUCACAAUAACCCUUUCCUUUUUGCAUGUUUCUUUACUGUUAUUUAGUAUCUUAAUCAUGACUGAUGAUCUGAGUUGUUGCUUUCAUUUCCUGUAUAAUGUUCUGGUCUCUACAAUCACAAUUAAAAUGUGAUUAGAUUUAUGGAACAAAGCUGUUUCUUUCAUGGAAACAAACACAUUACAGAAAACAUACUCAGAAAGUUAAAAGUAAUUAACAGUCUGUCACUUCCAGAUUAAGUAUUUCAUAUUGAAAUUUUGGAAAAUUCUAGUCAUUUUUGAGACUGUUUACUGCAGAAUUUUUGGUGUAUAACUAUAAUAAAAGUGAAUUAAUUGUAAAGCUAAAGUAACUGUUCAUAUCAACAAAGUCUCCAUUAUUACAAAUAUUUUUGAUUUACAAUUUACAUCCAUACUCAGAUUACCUAAAACUCAGUUCACAUAAAUGCCAAAAAAAAGGGCGAGGAGAAAAUAGUUUUAUUUUUAUGAAAUGAAAUUGACAUAAACAAUUUGGAAAUGUAUCAGACUAAGUAGUUCCUUAAUCCAUGCAAGAAGCUAUUCUGAAAUGAAUUUAUGUCACUAGUUUACCUUUUGCUACAAGUAUGAUCUUAUAUCCAAACAAAUUCUCUGCAAAACAUCAAGAUGUAUAUGGGAUAUUUCUUAUUUUUAAAUGUCUCCAGUAACACUGAUUUCAAUAUUUUGUCAUAAUAGUUAUAAAUAUUGUUUACAUAAAAUUAAGAAGCACUUUGUUUCUUGUUUUUCUGUUCCUCUAUAUCAUAAAUUAAAUGCUCCAAAUUCUCAGAAGCAUUCUAUGAUCUGAAUUAGUGGGCAGAUUCAAGAAAGCAUUUUUACUGUUGAUGGUUGGUACAGAACAGUAGCUUCUUUUGGCACAGUUUUUUUACUGUAUUUUUGUUUAUGUUCUAAAGUUUCUACCUUCCUUUAAUUGCAUCAGACUUUCGAUGUGGUAUUUUACAUCAGACUUUUGCUGUGGUAUUUUAACUCACUCUCUCUCUCGCUCUCUCUC